GCAGCCGAUCACAAAUCAACUCUGCUUAAUUCAAACAAUUGUACUAUAAAUUAUAUAGAAAAGAUGUAUUCGAUAUGUUGAUUAACCGGCUCAACAUCAGAAACCCUUCCAAAUGUCUCCACAACACGCCUUGCAACUUCACAAGGAGACAGACCAUAGACAGCCAAAUGAAAAACAACCAGUAUGUUUCCAAAACUACGUUUUUAAAUUUAAAUCAAUAAAGAAUUCAUUUGCUAGUCGCCUUACAUGUGUAGAACCCGUAAGGACCAGGUAUGAAGCACUGAAAAGGCAAACAUCCCUGAUCCAUGACCUGAAGUCAACCGUAAGCAAAGUACACAAGAACAAUUAUACACAUGUUAAAAUGCAAAUUAAUAACCAAUGCUAUGCAAUUUCCGCAAACGUCUUCAAGUAGAUAUUACUGCAUUUGUAAGUGGAAAUGGUUUAAGCAUGCCCAUUUGCUGACGCGGAGCACUUAUGAUCAAUAUCCACGAAAAGCCAUAGAGACACCGGGGAUUUGUUCCAUCAUGCCCUGGUGUAUGCUUUUGUGUAUUAAAUACACAUAUUUAAAAGG